ACAGUCGUGGCCGCGACUUGGACGCGGUUGUGCUCGCACGCGGGGGGGAUUUUCGUACUGUGCCUCGCUCCGACUUUCCUCGACCCAUCCCUACCACCGCGGUCGUCGCCGCGUCGCCGCCACGCCACCGCCGCCGCCGCUGUCGCCGCCGCCGCCGCUGUUGCAAUGCCGCUGUGACCGGAGUCCGUAAAGUCCAAGGAGUCGCGACGCGGCGCGGAGCGAGGCAUCCCCGCACGAUCCGCGGAAAUCAAAGCUCGCGAAAAAUUUGUGCGCGCCGGCCCGCGUACGAAUCCCCGACUGCCGCUCGCGCGCCCCGACGCGAGAAUCUCCUGUUGCUCCGCCGCACCGUAAUCCCGAAAUAGGAUCAAGGAUAACGACGUCGUAAAUUUUUUCGCGUCUACGUGCCGCGGCGCCGCGCGAGAGCCGAGAAACCGGUCGGUUGUACUCGAAUUCCCGUUUGAAAGAGGAAACAAGUAGGAAACAAAUAGCCUCCACCAAAAUGGCUUCGUUAGUGGCGAGCGUGAGAGUAUCCAGCUCUCUGCACUACCUGUGCGCUUGUGCCGCGAGAACAUUGGCGACGAGCGCGAUGCCGAGUCCUAAGGACGAGGCGAGGGAGGUGAUCGUCAAUUACUUGGACGGCAAGGACAACGGUAUCGCCGUAUUGGGAUUGAACAGGCCGACCGCUCGCAACUCCUUCGGCAAGCUCCUGGUCUCGCAGUUGAACGAGGCGCUGGCCUCCAUCAGGCAAAACAACAAGCUGAGGGUGCUGAUAAUACGCAGCCUGGUCCCGAAGGUGUUCUGCGCCGGGGCCGAUCUGCGGGAGAGAUUCAAGAUGGAUAACUCGGAGGUGCUGCGAUUCGUGUCCUCGCUGCGAAGCCUAAUGACCAACGUCGAGACCCUGCCGACGCCGGUGAUAUCGGCCAUCGACGGGGCCGCGCUGGGCGGAGGGCUGGAGCUCGCGCUAGCCAGCGACAUCAGGGUCGCCUCUGCCGAGGCCAAGAUGGGCCUCGUGGAAACCAAACUAGCUAUAAUCCCGGGCGCGGGCGGGACGCAGAGACUGCCGAGGAUAAUCGGGGCGUCCAAGGCCAAAGAGUUGAUUUACACCGCGCGGAUUCUCGACGGCGAGCAGGCGAUGGAGAUCGGUCUCGUCAACGAGGUGGUCCCGCAGAACAAGGUCGGCGACGCGGCUUACCAAACGGCCCUCUCGAUCGCGAGAGAAAUCCUACCCAACGGCCCUAUUGGCGUGAGAUUGGCGAAAGUGGCUAUAUCUAAAGGCACAGAGGCGUCUCUGGAAGACGGUAUGGAGAUCGAGGAACAGUGCUACGGCAAGCUCGUGGACACGAAGGACCGAGUCGAAGGACUCGCGGCUUUCGCGGCGAAGCGCGUACCCGUCUACCAAGGAGCGUGAAAACUCGCGGUGCCAUAACAAACGCUUAAUUCACAUAUCACGGAACGGAAUACAUUUUAUAUCGUACAUACGUAUAUAAAUAUACGUAUCAAUGGUUACUAAGUGACUAUAUAUUUUUUAAAUAGUUUAUUAGAGGUGCAUUUACGCAAGCUGGAAGUUACCUAAAAUGACAAAACAAAAAAAAUACUAAUGUCAAAAGUUUCAUGCAAAUUACGACAACAGCUGUUACUGCAUUAACCUUGCACAUUUGCUAUUUACAUAUGCUAAUAAGCCGCCUUUUAUAUCUCGUCAGCAGCGGAAAAAAACACAUUCUACGUCAUACCGUGUCAUACUUCCAAUAAAUACUAUAACACUUUUCUCACUUUAACAUUGUUAUCGUUUUUAACGUAGUUUUAAUAUAUAUGUACAUAUGUAUGCGUAAAUGUAAUGAUAUAUGCGUGGUCGUGUAUGCACAUGUAAGACAAUGGAAUUUGUUUCAGAUGAAAAAUAAACUAUAUAUAUAUGUA